AUGAGUACCGAAAACGAGCAAGCUCGGCACCAUCGCGGAGGGCAUCCAAAGUUGACCUUGUAUCGGAUCCUUGUCAUAGCUCUCACUGCUGGCUUUGGGCUUUGGAAAGCAGCCCUAUCGUAUCGUGGAGAAUCGACGGCGCCGACAACGCUUGACUGGCUCUAUGGUGUCGUUGUCUUUCUUUUACUCUACUGGCUAGGGAUAUACGAAAAGUAUGCCUUGCAUAAUAUGCCAUGGCUGUUCGAGGACGAUUACCUCGCCCCUGUUAAGAAAUUAUUCUCUCAACCACGGCAAAACCCAACGCGCUCUUCGUCAAGUAGGUUGGAUUAA